AUGGAGAAACUUCCCUAUGAACUCCUGUCCCUAAUAACCCUCCAGGUCUGCAAGGACGGUGGCAAGACAGUCUGCUGCCUUCGGCAGGUGUCUCAGUACAUCUCGGCCGCCGUGGAACGAUACAGGUUCUAUUCUGUCGCGUUACACGGACGCAAGCAAAUCACGGGCUUCUGGAAGAGCUAUCAAGCAGCCCCCAAGUACGUCAAGGAGAAUAUCCGGCACCUUUUCCUGUCCGAUGCGAAGAAAGGCAGUGAGACCGGCUCAAGGGUUUCCGAGGCUUUCGCUGGUGCCCUGCGAGGGCUCCUAAUCGCCGUUUCACAGUACCUUCGCACUCUGACGUAUCUCGUCUACAAUUACCGCCAAGAAGAGCCUUACAAUGUCCUGAUGAAGCAUGUCUUUCCCCUACUGACACACCUGACCAUCCGAGACGCUUCACUGUCUUGGAGAGCCAGUCGCCGCCGCAAGACGUGCGCCGUGCAAAAUCUCGAGGAGGCCCUACCUACCACGCCGCGCCUCAGUCAUGUCCAUCAAGCUCACGCCUACCUCCCGAAUCGCGUGGCGACAGAAUUUCGUAUCCUGUCUAACAUCGGAUGGCGAACCUCUGGUGAUACACUGCGAAGUGUCCAUCUCUCAGGUUUGCACCUGGCUACUACCGUGCUAGUGUACAUACAGGAAUACCUGGGAUGCGUCCCACCUUCCACCUCGCCUUACGUCAACGAUCGCCGCGGCCGUCUGCCGUCCGGGGUUCAGCGACUCACUCUACAGCCUGCAAUUCAGGAUGGACAGUACGAACACCUUGUCACUAUGCACAACAACGAGAAGAAGAAGCUGCGUGAUCUACAAACUGAGCGCGAAGGACAGGACGGUACACAGUUCAUACUUCUGCCUGAUGCGCCGCCAUGGACACAAGCGCAGUUCAGAGAAGAGUGGCUGCAAAUGCAGAACGACUACGUAUACAAUUAG